UAAAAUCAAAACAAACUAAGAAAAAACAACAAAAUCGGUAUAAAAUAUUCAGACGAAAACAACAGUUUUGCAAAACCUAAAGAAAACAUUUCGCAAAAAUGAGUAAUUUUAUUAAUUUAAACAUCUUUGAAAAUUAUCAAAAAUAUAUUGAUAAUGAACAGGAAAUACGUGAAAAAAUACGCGUGGUCGUACGAGAAAUUGAACAUUUGGCCAAAGAAGCCACCAUACAAUUGCAAAUCAUACACAGUGAUUUAACUAAAAUUGAUCAUGCCUGUCUGCAGGCUCGCAAACAAAUUUCUUUGUGUGCCGAUAGCUACAAGAAUUUGGCGGAAAUUAUACCCGUGGGACAGUAUUAUCGUUAUUCGGAUCACUGGACUUUUAUUACUCAGCGUUUGGUAUUUCUCAGUGCCAUGGUUGUUUACUUGGAAGCCGGCUUUUUGGUAACUCGAGAAACUGUGGCUGAAAUGUUGGGUUUAAAAACCAAUCAUGCUGACGGGUUCCAUUUAGACAUUGAAGAUUAUCUCAUGGGUAUACUGCAAAUGGCAUCUGAACUAUCACGAUUUGCUACCAAUUCCGUAACAAUGGGUGACUAUGAUCGUCCAUUGAAUAUAUCGCGCUUUAUGGCCGAUUUAAAUUCCGGAUAUCGUUUAUUGAACUUAAAGAAUGAUGGUCUACGAAAACGUUUCGAUGCUCUCAAAUAUGAUGUAAAAAAGAUCGAAGAAGUGGUAUAUGAUAUAAGUAUAAGAGGUCUACGAAGCGGUAGUAAUCCGGAAGCUGUUGCCGCAGUUGAGGCAGAGGCUAGUAAUGUCGAGAUCAAAUAGUUUGUAAAAAAAAAAACAGUACACAUGUGUACAGUAUGUACAAUAAGUAAAGUAUUGAAUUAAAGUUUUGAGUUUCCCUUUUUUAUUAUUCUAUUAU